CUGAUGCAAAUGAGGCAAAGGAAGAGGAGAGAGAAUAUAUCGAUUUACGGCAAGAAAAGCAAAAGGACUAUAAACGGGGAGGCCCUCUCACGCAACGUGUGCAAUUAUAUAAAAAUGAGUAUAUCUAGUAAAAUGUCAAUACAUAUGUAGUUAUUUUUCACUAGCCAAUCGUUGAAUGAUUGAAAUUGGAACCGGCAAGGGAGACACGCCAAAGGAGAGAGAGAAGAUGCUGUGAUACGCCUACUGGCAGUGAUAGAGCGAGAGGGAGGGAGGGGGUGAUACGGUAAAGAUGGUUGUUUUGCAAGGGGUGCGUCUUUCUUCAAAACAAAUCGCUACAAUGUAGCUGUUGGACGUAACAUAUAUUUUCACUUUACAAAGAAACUUCAAAAUGAUCCGAUUUUGACAGACGUGGAUAGAUACAGGCUAACCACAGUGAAUGGCAGCACUUGUGCGGCUAACUCGGGAAGAAAACAUGCUGCUCCACUUGUGAUAACCGGCCUGACAGUGAAUACCAUUUACAUCAGUCUGCAUUGAACUAUAAGGACGUUUUAUGUUGCAAUACAUUGUUUGAAUGAAUGGAUGUAGCAGGUUGAAUAUGGACAAGAAAUGGUGCAGUCAACACGAACGUUGAUAAAUAUCUAUAAAUGAUUGUUGCUGUCAAACUGAAAUAGCUAUUAGUACUUGUUAUGCUAUGUGGAUUGACCAAUGUAUCAUAAACGAAGCUAGUUAGAACCUGAAAACUGACAUAUAGGCCAACCAUGUAAUCAAUCUUGUCAUACUUGUUAUCAUGAUAGGUGUCGCUAUUUUGAGUUUAGGCUAGUGCAUAACAUUAUAUUUGUGUCGGCAAUCCAUUUACUCAGCUGUUGAUUGUUCAGUUUCAAUAUAAAACGUCUAUAUUCACUAAGAAGUAAAACCUCACAAAUCAGUGGAGGUAGUAGGUUUUGUCUGGGAAGGUGAAAUAUAUCCCACAAUUCUUAAUUCAGGAUUUAUCCUGCCUUUAACUCAGACUGGAGUUAUAGGUCUACAUCUCAAAGCAGCAUAGCAAUCUUUUCCUAACCAUUACAUGCCAUUGUUAUACAGACUUCCUUUUUUAUUUGGGGACAAUAAUUCAUGAAAUUCACCAAGAUAUAGAGCUAGUUAUCAACAUUGGUCACUAUAAGUUGUAGUCAAUAGUUAGAGCAGUAUGAGUAAGGAACUGUCACUAAGUCAGACAGCUCAAUAUGUUGGACCAUAUCGAAUGGAAAAAACACUGGGAAAGGGCCAGACAGGCCUGGUGAAGCUUGGAGUUCACUGCAUUACAGGACAGAAGGUAGCCAUCAAAAUAGUCAACAGGGAGAAGCUGUCAGAGUCAGUUCUGAUGAAGGUGGAGAGGGAGAUUGCCAUCCUGAAGCUGAUUGAGCAUCCGCAUGUGUUGAAGCUGCAUGACGUUUACGAGAAUAACAAAUACCUGUACCUGGUAUUAGAGCAUGUGUCAGGUGGGGAGUUAUUUGACUAUCUGGUGAAGAAAGGUAGGCUGACACCUAAAGAGGCCAGGAAGUUCUUCCGACAAAUCAUAUCGGCCCUGGACUUCUGUCACAGUCAUUCUAUCUGUCACAGAGACCUGAAGCCGGAGAACCUGCUCCUGGAUGAGAAGAACAACAUCCGCAUCGCAGACUUCGGCAUGGCCUCCCUACAGGUGGGGGACAGCUUGCUGGAGACCAGCUGUGGAUCCCCACACUAUGCCUGUCCAGAAGUGAUCCGGGGAGAAAAGUAUGAUGGUCGCAGGGCAGAUGUGUGGAGCUGUGGAGUCAUCCUUUUUGCUCUGCUGGUGGGCGCCCUACCAUUUGACCAUGACAACCUACGUCAGCUCCUUGAGAAGGUGAAGAGCGGGGUGUUUCAUAUGCCUCACUUCAUCCCACCAGACUGCCAGGCACUGCUCAAAGGCAUGAUCGAGGUUGACCCCGACAAGAGACUUAAGCUAGAGGCCGUCCAGAAGCACUCCUGGUAUCAGUCGGGUCGUAACGAGCCAUGUCCCGAGCAGCCCCCUCCCAGGCAUGUGUGUAUGGGGCGCAUCCUGUGUUUGACCGAGCUGGACCCGGACGUGCUGGACAGCAUGCACUCUCUGGGUUGCUUUAGAGACAGCGGGAAACUCACGUGCAACCUGCAGUGUGAAGAAGACAACCAGGAGAAGAUGAUCUACUAUCUCCUGUUGGACAGGAAGGAGCGUUACCCCAGUUACGAGGAUGAAGAUCUGCCGCCCCGAAAUGACGUAGCGGACCCCCCUCGUAAGCGUGUGGACUCUCCCAUGCUGACACGUCACAGCCGCUGCCGCCCGGAGAGAAAGAGCCUGGAGGUGUUGAGUGUGACCGAGCAGGGGUCUCCCACCCCACCACGCAGGGCCCUGGACACGGCUGCAAACAGCCAGAGGUCUCGCUCAGUCAGUGGGGCGUCCACCGGCCUUUCCUCCAGCCCUCUCAGCAGUCCCAGGGUUACUCCCCAUGGCUCUCCGCUGCCAACCCCCAUGGGCACCCCCGUCCACCACCCCUCCUCCAACCCUCCCUCAAACUCCUCCUCCUCGUCCUCCUCCUUGCGGGUGGAGGGAGGCGGAGGGGUGGGCUCCCUGUCCCUGACUCCUCCCUCCAGCCCCGGAGGGAGCGGCAUGGCAGCUAGCAGCUCCGCCCACUGGAGGACCCGCCUCAACUCGUUCAAGAACAACCUGCUGGGCUCGCCCCGCUUCCACCGCCGCAAGAUGCAGGUGCCCACAUCAGAGGAUAUGUCCAGGCUGACCCCUGAGUCCAGCCCUGAGCUGGCUAAGAAGUCGUGGUUUGGGAACUUCGUCAGCCUGGAGAAGGAGGAGCAGAUCUUUGUGGUGAUCAGAGACAAGCCGCUGAGCUCUGUGAAAGCAGACAUCGUCCACGCCUUCCUCUCUAUCCCCUCCCUCAGCCAUAGCGUCAUCUGCCAGACCAGCUUCAGGGUCGAGUACAAGACUUCCUGCGGCCCCUCCGUCUUCCAGAAGCCUGUUAAGUUCCAGGUGGACAUUGCCUUCUCCGAGGGAGAGAGAGAGCGGGAUAGGGAGAAAACCGAGAGGGAAGUCAAGAGAGAGACAGGCAUCUACAGUGUGACAUUCACCCUCAUAUCAGGUCCUAGUCGCAGGUUCAAACGAGUGGUGGAGACCAUUCAGGCCCAGCUUCACAGCUCCCAUGAUCAGCCCGUGGGGGUCUCUGACCCCUUCCCAGACGAGAAGAACAAUCGGCCCCACUGGACCCCCACUCGCCAGAACUCCCGCCGCUCCGAGGGCGGAGGUGAUCGGUGUGAGUGGGGUGAGAGAGGCGACGGAGGAGGCAUCGGAGGCAGUGGGGGGGUCCUACAACGCAGAGGCUCUGGGAAGGAGAGGACCCAGCUACUGUCCUCCAACGGAACACAGUCCCAACCCUGAGAGAGGCAGUGAGGGGGUCCUACAACGCAGAGGCUCUGGGAAGGAGAGGACCCAGCUACUGUCCUCCAACGGAACACACUCCCAACCUC